CAUAGUUGUAGAGCAACAAGCUACUUGUGGCCGAACCGCCGGAGGUAUUCUUCCAAGUUCCAAGAUCCGUCUCUGAUCUCUCUCCAAUUGUUUGAAGAUUCUUCUGUGCAACACUGCAACUAUGGGAAGCAAAGGGACAUUUCAGAUGCCGGUGCAGGAGCUUGCUGGCGCCCUCGGCACGCCCGACGUGCCAGCUCAGUACAUCGCGCGCGCGCACGAGGAGCAACAGCUCGCGGCGGUGGUCGUAGCACCAGUCCCUGUCAUCGACCUCGUCUGCCUUUCGAAGCACGGCGACGGCACCUCCGACGAGGCGGCCAAGCUGCGGUCAGCCAUCAAGUCAUUUGGCCUCUUUAUGGUCAGUAGCCACGGUAUAGACGCGGUAAUGGACAACAUGAUGGCCGCGUCAAGGGAGUUUUUCCGGCAGCCGCUCGAAGAGAAGCAGAGAUACGCCAACCUGAACGGCGGCGAGCGGUUCCAGUUCGAGGGGUAUGGAAACGACUGGGUGAGCUCGCCGGACCAAAUCCGUGACUGGACUGACCGCCUCUACCUCAAUGUGGAGCCAGAGGAUGAGCGGAGCAUCGCCCUCUGGCCAGCACAUCCCGAAACCUUUAGGAAUGCUCUGCACGAGUAUACGAAGAAAUGCGGGGAAGUGAAGGACGAUGUGCUCAGGGCAAUGGCGAAGCUGCUGGAACUUGACGAUGAUGAUUACUUUGGGGAACACUUUGGGGAGAAGCCUCUCACUGACGUGAGAUGCAGCUACUACCCGGUGUGCCCGAGGCCAGAGCUCGUGUUUGGCCUCAAGCCCCACUCCGAUGCAACUGUUGUUACAGUCCUUAUGGUCGAUGACAGAGUGGGUGGCCUACAAGUUCUCAAAGAUGGGGUCUGGUGGGAUGUACCGAUCGUACCUCACACGCUACUCAUGAUUAUAGGAGAUCAAACUGAGAUAAUGAGCAAUGGGAUCUUUAAGAGCCCUAUGCACAGGGUCGUGACAAACACAAAGAAAGAGAGGCUAUCGGUGGCACUAGACUACUAUGUUGAUCCUGAGAUAGAAAUCGAGCCAUCGGCUCAGUUGGUCAAUGAGAAGAGGCCGGCGUUGUACUCAAAAGUGAAGGUUAAGGACUACUUUGCCAGAAGUUACAACGCUUUUACUGAAGGGAAAAUGGUUAUCGAUACAGUGAAGAUCUAACUAAGUAUGCUAUCAUUGCUUUCAUUCAAUAAAAUGUUGUCAUUCUGCAACAAAUGUUUGUAUCAUGUAUGUAUUCAUGUAUCGUUAC